AUGUUUGAAUUGAUUAAGACAAUUCCACUCGAUUUUAAACCAGGUAAACAAUUCUCGUAUAGUAAUCUUGGAUAUAUAAUGUUGGGAAUAUUAAUUCGUGAAGUAACUGGUGAAUUUUAUGGUGAUUUUCUUCAAAAGAGUAUUUUCGAACCUCUCGGAAUGAAAACAGCACGAAUAAUCAGUGAAAGUGAUAUCGUUUUAAAUCGUGCUUCGGGUUAUGCUCUUGUCAAUGAUAAAUUCAAAAAUCAAGAAUGGGUUUCACCAAGUCUCAACACUUUUGCUGAUGGCGCUCUCUAUCUUAAUAUUUAUGAUAUAGUGAAAUGGGAGACGGGACUUAAUAGCAAAAAAAUAUUGAAAGAUAAGGCAAGUUUUGAUCAGAUGUGGAGUCCGGUUAGAUUAAACGAUAAUACAACAUAUCCAUAUGGUUUUGGCUGGGAAUUGGAUGAGACAGUCAGUGGAAUGCAUGUCGUUAAACAUGGUGGAACAUGGCAAGGCUUUGAAUCGUAUAUAAUUCGAGUUUUAGAUGUAAAAGUAACAGUUGUUAUUUUUGCAAAUGUUGAUGUUGCAGAUGUAGAAGAAAUAGCUUCAAAUGUACUAGAAAUGUUCGAUUCACAGCUUGCUCUUAAGUCGGACGAAAAUGAAUAA